AGAGACAAAUGGAAACCACAGCUGGCCUGUCUCCUCCUGCAGCUGGACUGGAAGAGGACUCCAUGUUCCAGAUGAAGGAGCUCCAUAAAUUACAGAAGAAUCCUGAACAAAGCUUCUCCUGUCCUGGGUUAACAGUUUUAAACUCAGAGUAUCGGCCCUGGAAUUAAAACACAAACGAACAAAAAAACAACAUUGUUUUUGGACGUUUUUAGAUACGUCAGUCGGAACAAACACUGCUGCUUAUAAGACAGAACAUUUUGUUGUACAGAUUUAUUUAAAACGAGACGGGAUUGUUUAAAUUCUGUAAAUGUGUAUUUAUGUUGUGCUAUUCUGUGGCUUAAAGCUAAAACAAUUUCUGAUAACUUUAACAGGGUUGUACUGCUUUAAAAAGCAAACCUUUUUUACCCUUACAGUUUUGAGCUUUACUUGUCUGUAAUGCUGUUCUUUAAUUUAAAAAGUGUAAUAAUAAUUUAAUGUUAGGGCUUCUUAAAGCGAGCCAAACUGUGUUGUUUCUUCAUCUUGAGGUUUGUUUUUUCAUCUUCAAUAAUAAAUAAGUGCAUGAAAAUAA